GGUCCGGCUGAGCAGUCAGAGUCAUCUGGUUUGAUUUCCAAGCCUGCUUCUACUUCAGUGUUGUUUUCUUUGUUUGAAAGGAAGCCAGCGUUUCUCACGAUUGCUGUGCUUCUUGUCGUGUAAAAAAGUACACCCAUGGUGCUCGUUCACGUUGAGGUUGGCGUCUUCUUCCAUCACACCUAGACGAGUCAACGCCAUGGGAUUUGUUUCACCACCCCAGAAUAUCCUCAUACUUCUGAGAGAGAGCGAAUCAAACCCGCAUCAUGAUCAUUUACCUUUCACAACAUUGAAAGAAAGCACGUGUGCAGCCCCACUGAAUUUACGGAUUACCACUCCUUCAUCUCGCUCUUUCAUGUAUUGAACAAAUUGUCCAUCGUUUGUUGACAUCCAAAAAAAAUACCGCGAAGAGGGAGACGAGAACGUUUGUUGUGAAGACUGUAGUACUACUGUCGCUAAAUUUCUAAUUGCCACCUCCCAGUCCCACCACACACCAGUAUCUUCGGACGGGCGCGUUGUAAAAGUCUCCAUCAGACACAGACGCCACGAAGAUCAUGCUGCGGUCAACGACGGGUCGAUUUGGUGGUGCGCAUCCGGACCUGUCUGUGAUGCGUAACCAGCGGCGGUCGACGAACACCGGGUCCAGUGCAACCGAGCAGUCGAUCGUAACUUCGAAGCCUCCGAAGACUUCUACCUCCACGCGACCCAUGUCCGCCCGAGAUACCAGUGCCAUCAACUACAACGCGCCGUCCACAAAUCCCGUGGUGCCAGUUCUGGCCGGGGCGAACAAAGUACUAUUAUACGAUUUUUUUCCCGAACGGAAUCUAACCAAGUACAAGUAGUAAGUUCCAAUUUUUGUUCCUAAGAAAGUCGAACCGAUGCUCAUGCUGCACAGUGCAUUCAGGAUAUCUGAAAUGUUACCGGAACGCGUUCUCUUGUAUGACGAGAGACGAGAAUAUCACAACAAUAAACCACAGGACCGAGCUAUUCAUCGAUUGCAGCGAGCACUGGGCGAAUCAAGAGAAAAGCUGUACCGAUUAGAGGGAGAAGCGGAUCGGGUGCGAAAACAAUGCUUGUUUUACGAACAGGAAAUAGAGCGGAUGAAGGUACUUACUCACUUGCUCACUUUACUUUUGCGUUUUGUUUGAAUACUUUUUUGCACUUGAUCAAGUAGUUUGCACUUGCACACUUCUCUGUUUUGCGCGAGCAUGAUGUUGUAGUCCAGUUCAACAGAAGUAGCAGGAAUCAUCAUGCAAAAAUCGAACUAUACUUCAGGCCGGCAGCAGAGGGUACCACGGAAAUGGUGGAGAUAUCACGCCGCCAUCGAGUGACGGAGAACGUACCAUAGCAUCGAAGCAUGACAGGUAUACAAUAAAAUUGUUCAACACUAUGCGACUUGAGAUUGUCAUCUUCUUUGGGAUUGGUGUGCGUACUUGCUGCAUGAAGAUGGCCUUGUAGUUUGUAGCGACAGAUAGGCAGUGGCAGUCACAGUCUUCCUGCGAGAUAAACUAAUCACAAACUUCCUGCGAGAUAAAAUAAAAACAACACAAAACAGCCCCGAGAUUCUCGGAAGCAACAUUGGGACGGUGAGUCAAAACCAGAUGCAGAUUCGCAUGAAUCAGAUGCACUUUGGCACGCCGAUGGUGCAGCCCCCACCGCAGCCACUACAGCAUUCAGGUGGAAAUAACAAGCAGCUCACAACCACCCCGACUGUGGACCAGCAGCAGAAGCACGCCGCCACUACUACUCCCAUGAUGACCAGCAGCAAGCCGGUGUUUGGGUCGGAGUUUCGUCCGCUUCGGGUUGCUGCCAGUCCGGGUGCGAACCCGGAGAACAAAUUGCGGAAGCCGGAGCUGCUCUUUUCCCGCGCCACGACCAUUGCGCAAGAUUCGUUUCGAAAGGUACUGGGGAUCAACGGCUCUGCGGCGGGCACGGGUGAUGAAGCAGACAACAGCUCGCGCAUGGAGGCCGCGGCCAGAACGGGGGGCGCGUAGAGAGAGCUGGAAGGAAGCUGCGCAAACACGCAAGCAAAGAACGUAGUUGUAUGCUAAUCAUGCCUCCUCGGAUUUGGUGAAUGAAAAAUGCAUCGGAGUAUCUAAGCAUACUAACUUGGACUUCGUACAACAAGCUAUGUCCUUGAAUCAGUUCUUUUUAGUGAAGCAACGAAUUCCUAAUGAAAUACUUUGCCGCUCCUACCAUUUUCUUUCGGAUUAUCUAGACAAUUACAUUCCUGCUGAAAGAGAAACAAAGCUUUCCUACGUCAAUCCUACUUUGAUGUCUCGUCUGCGGUUACUAUUUGAAUACUUUCGGACCCACCUCGGUAUGAUAUUUCUGUCGCUUUCGUUCUCUUCCCACCUUUACAUACCUGCAAUAAAUUUGAAAUUCAAAAACGAACUAGUACUAACGCGAAGUACGGGAGCACUCCCGAAACUUGAUCAUCUUGCGCUGCCCUUACCCUUGGCUAUUGCAAAAAACGAAAUAAAUUCAUGUACAUGUACAUGAUUAUGAUGCGGAAAAAUAAAAAGUACAGGAGCAAGACGCGCUUGGGAAAGUUAGCCAAACGUGAGCACCCAGUGAGUCCGUAGCCUAUAGCGAAGAAUGAUGAGCAGGCGA